AUGACUAAAAGCGGCUCCGUGUCGGGAAGAUGGCCAACGAACGAAAAGCCUCGCUUAAAAAAUAAUGUCAACAGUCGCCAUGACCUCUGUAAUGUUUCAAUUUUUCUGGCGUCCUUUCUUUCUUUACUUUUUCUUUCUGCACUUUGUUUUGCUUCUUCUUUCUUUCUUUCUUUCUUUCUUUCUUUUUUUUUUCUUUCUUUCUUUUUCUUCUUUCUGCUUUUUGUUUUGCUUCUUUCUUUCUUUCUUUCUUUUAGCUUUUGGUUUUGCUUCUUCUUUCUUUCUUUCUUUUUCUUCUUUCUGCUUUUUGUUUUGCUUCUUUCUUUUCUUCUUUCUUUUAGCUCUUGGUCUUGCUUCUUCUUUCUUUUUUUCUUUUUCUUUCUUUCUUUUUCUUCUUUCUGCUUUUUUUUUCUUCUUUCUUUCUUUCUUUUAGCUUUUGGUUUUGCUUCUUCUUUCUUUCUUUUCUUUUUCUUUUUUCUGCUUUUUGUUUUGCUUCUUUCUUUUCUUCUUUCUUUUAGCUCUUGGUCUUGCUUCUUCUUUCUUUUUUUCUUUUUCUUUCUUUCUUUUUCUUCUUUCUGCUUUUUUUUUUUCUUCUUUCUUUCUUUCUUGUCUUGGUUUUAG